AUGUCUGAGACCCCUGACAAGCAGCAGCAGACCAGGCGCUUUCACAUCCCAACGGUGGAGGAAAUUGAGAAGGCGCAGGAGGAAGCCAACCGGGUAGCCACCACUAUCAGCCUGCCGCAGCCAGCUAGCCACACGCCCCCUCGCACCGCUCCAGCGCAAACACCGUCUCCUCGCCCAGCUCAGUCACCGCGGUAUGCAAACACCACAGUGCUGGUCAACGAGCUGCAGCGCGGAAACCCGGUUCUUGCCUGCAUCCGAAACGUGCGCUGGAGCUACUCUCGCAACAUUGCCGCGGACUACGUGGUCGGGCAAUCCGCCUGCAUUCUGUAUUUGAGCAUCAAGUACCACCGACUGCAUCCCGAGUACAUUUCCAAGCGCAUAGAGAAGCUCGGCAAGGGCCACAGGCUGCGCGUGCUGCUUGUCCAUGUCGACACUGAAGACUGCAAGCUUCCACUGAGAGAGAUCAACCGCACUGCUGCGCUAAGCGACGUGACGCUCCUGCUGGCGUGGUCACUUGAUGAGGCUGGCAGGCAUUCGAGCACCGCUCGUCCUGAUAUGAUCCGCGAGCGCAUCGAGGACAGCUACAUGGCCAGGCUGACAAAUACACUGACUGAUAUUCGCUCGGUCACCAAGGCCGAUGUGCUCACUCUGUCGUCAAAUUUCUCCACACUGGAGGCGCUGGCUAAGGCGAGUGUCGCUGAGCUGACGUUAUGUCCAGGAAUUGGCGAUCUAAAAGCAAAGCGGAUCCACGAUGCCCUGAACCAGCCAUUUAUAUCCGAAUCCUGA